AUGCUGCUCUGCUCCAUCCUCAUCCCCGGGUCUGAACCACCAGCGGCCGCCUCGUUUCCUCCCCAUUCCCCCGGACAUCCUCCACUCUCCUCCGGCCGCACAUCCGCACUCCAGCCCACCUUCGAGGCUCCAUCUCUGGGCACUUCUCUCACCCAGCGUCCCCUCGCCUCCUCCUUCCCCACAGUGCAUGGCCUCUCCACGGGACUAUGGCAGUGGACGUGUCGCCUGUUCGCUCCAAAGACAACAGGUGAAGCCCGGAUCGCAGCGCUUUGGCACGCCGGGUUUGGGGCACCUUUUGCGGAUGCGGAUGCGGGAGAUCUGCCCUGGAGUGGAGGAGCAGGUACGUGUCUUUUGAAUGCCUUUUGA